AUGUCGAAACGUUUUUUUGAAGGUGCUCAACAUGCAGCUCGUUAUGCAGUAACUCGACCAACCUAUCCACCAGAAUUGAUGACUAAAAUCAUUAAUUUUCUUUCUAUGAAGUAUAAAAAUGUACUUGAUUAUGCAGCUGAUAUUGGUUGUGGUAGUGGACAAAGUACAGAACUUUUAUCACCCUAUUUUCAGAAAGUUUAUGGUUAUGAUGUAAGUGAAAAUCAAUUAAAAGAAGCAAAAAAGAAAAAUAAACUAUCAAAUAUUGAAUACAAAGUUAGUUCAAAUAAUGCAAUACCACAUGAAAACAAAUCACUUUGUUUAAUUACAGCUGCACAGGCAGCACAUUGGUUUGAUUUGAAAGAAUUUUAUUCUGAAGUACAUCGAACACUUAAACCUAUGGGUGUAUUAGCUGUAUAUGGUUAUGCAUUUCCUCAAAUUGUUGGUAAAGAUUAUUCACAAGUCAAUGAAACUUUUCAAAAUUUUUAUCAAAAAGUAAGACCUUAUUUUCCACCAGAUCGUAUUCAUAUUGAUAAUAAAUAUGCUAACAUUAUUUUACCUUAUGAAGAAAAAAUUCGAGAUGAAAGUGUUCGAAUACACUAUGAUUGGAAUCUUGAUCGUCUUUUAGCUUAUGUAACAUCAUGGUCAGGAUAUAUACGUUAUAUGGAAAAAUAUCCAAAUAAAGAUAUUCUUAGUGAUUUACGUCAAGAUUUGUUAAAAAUGAUGAAAACUAAAGAUGAAAAUAAUAUAUUAAAAAUGGAGUUUCCAACAUUUAUAUUACUUGGUCGAAAGACCACUGAAUAA